GAGAGAGAGAGAGAGAGAGAGAGAGAUUCUCUUGGUCUCUGUUUCUAAUCUCUUUGGGUUCUCUGUAGAUAUAUAUAUAUAUAUAUAUUAUAAGGGUAUGCAAAGAAAGGUGGCAACUUUUCAUUGCGAAAGAGAAGAGUAUGGAGGCUGAGGCUCAGAGCAAAUUCAAGAGAAUCUGUGUCUUCUGUGGUAGUAACUCGGGCAACAAAUCUGUUUUCAGAGACGCGGCUCUUGAUCUUGGACGCCAACUGGUGAAGAGAAGGAUUGAUUUGGUUUAUGGUGGGGGGAGUGUAGGAUUGAUGGGUUUGGUCUCACAGGCUGUUUUUGAUGGAGGCUGCCAUGUUCUUGGCGUUAUUCCUACAGCUCUUAUGCCUCUUGAGAUAUCUGGUGAAACUGUGGGUGAAGUCAAAACAGUGUCAGAUAUGCAUGAGCGAAAAGCUGAAAUGGCCCGGCAAUCUGAUGCUUUUAUCGCUCUUCCUGGAGGAUAUGGAACAAUGGAAGAAUUGUUGGAGAUGAUAACUUGGUCACAACUUGGAAUUCAUAACAAACCAGUCGGCCUCUUAAACAUUGAUGGAUACUAUGAUUCAUUGCUCGCCUUAUUUGAUACUGGUGUGAAGGAAGGUUUCAUUACACCGUCUGCAAGACAUAUAGUUCUUUCUUCUCCCGAUGCAAAUGAGCUAUUAACGAAAAUGGAGGAGUACACACCCUUGCAUGAACAAGUUGCUCCUCGCACGAGUUGGGAGAUCGCGCACUUAGGUUAUUCAACAACACCAACAAGUCCACUCUAAGUUGAUUUAUCAUGCUAUUAAUUUGUUGAUUGUGAUGUGAUUCUUUUCUUAGUAAAUUGUAUCACGAAAACAAUGCAAAUGAGAACAAGGUCUCAUAAUUUUCCAUUUCA